AUGUGCAGGCUUUUCGAAAUACUCAACACACCACAAUCGGGAUCUGGCGCCUUUGCCACACGCGACAUACCAGUUGGAACUGAGCAGGUUCUGGAACUCAGCUCUUAUCGACCAGUGCGGUGGGUUAGCCAGGUCGAUCAGGCACUAGACUUGAUCAUGAGCCGCAGUGGUCGAUCUCCUGACACGCGCGAGCAGUACUUGCAGCUGUGGUUCGCCACCAGAACCAACUCAUUUAUAGAAGAUGACGCCGGCUACCGCAGCCGGAUCCCUGACAAGUCCUUUCCCAACCUAUUUAGCCUUGCCAUUACACAGGUGGCACUCUUUACCGUCGCCAGCCGCUUCAAUCACUCGUGUGCCCACAAUGCUCUCCAUGCGGUUGAGGCUGGGUUCAUUGAACUACGAGCCCGAUGUGACAUUAGGAAAGGCAAAGAGAUCACCUUGACCUACAUAGACCCCUGGGUAGAAGACCGUGCGGCCCAGUUAGAGCGCUCUUGGGGGUUCCGGUGCUGCUGCCCGAUCUGCGACGAAUCCAACACCACAAUGUCGCCCGAGGUGCGUGGAAAUUACGAGAAGAUGUUCAAUUAG